GCAUAAUGGCAGCUGAGACAACAGUAAGGCUCUCUGGUUGUUUACACAAACUUGGGGCUUCAUCCACCGAACACAUAAGUUGAGAUCUCGACACUAGAGACAUUACAUGUGCAAUCAGUGUCAACAUCGGUCGCUCGCCUAUAGAGUGUGCCACCCGUUCCACAAGAUCCACGUCGACCCGCACGAGUCAGCGAGAGAAUUGCUCGGCAGUCCGAUCCUGGGAACGAUUUCGGAGCGGCGGGAUGGCAGCGUCGAGCCGCGCCAGGUGUAUGCGUGCAAGCGUCACAACUCCGUCGCCUGGCCGCACCAUAAGGUUGCCGGCUUCUCCCCGGAGAUGGCUCCACCGCUCUGCGAGGGCGUCUCCGGCGCGCUGCCGGAGCCGGCGUCGGAUAGCCGCCAGAGGUCGCCACCACUAACCAGGCGGCGGACGGAGAGCAAUGGUUCGGAUUCCUCUUCUAGCUCCUCCGGUUCUGAGAUGAAGCACUUCCGCUUCGUGGUACGGAGGCAGGAGAGUCUUUCGCGGGAGCGGCCGAGCAUGAAACAACGCUCUCUCAGUGAGGACUACAAAUCCAUGAACGUGUCGUCCAACGGCAAGUGGUUAUCAGAUACUGAAGUCUUCGAGACAAUACAAAUACAGGAUCUUGCCGACGAGGAUGUUGGGAAGGUCUACAGUAAAUUCCUUCAGGCACACAGAUGCUACGAUCUGAUACCGAUCAGCUCGAAAUUGGUUGUGUUUGAUACGACACUUCAUGUCAAGAAGGCAUUCUUUGCUCUCGUCUACAAUGGUGUGAGGGCGGCACCGUUGUGGGACCACGCGACACAGAGCUUCGUCGGCAUGCUCACCAUCACAGACUUCAUCAAGAUCCUUCACAAAUACUACAAGGCUCCACUGGAGAAGAUUGCUGAAGUUGAAGAACAUAAAAUUCAGACGUGGAGGCAAGAGUUCAAGAUCGGGCAAAACUUGACUCGAAUAUCUCCAGAGGCCAGCCUCUACGACGCCGUCAGCAUCCUCAAGCAACACAAGGUACACCGGCUCCCCGUCGUCGACCGGCAGACGGGCAACGUCCUGCACGUGCUCACGCACAAGCGCAUUCUUCGCUUCCUGCACCACUUCGUGCGCGAGCUUCCCGAGCCGGCGAUGAUGGAGCGCGGGGUCGGGGAGCUGGGCGUCGGCACGUACGGCGAACUCGCGACGACGACCUACGACAUGCCGCUCAUCGACGCCCUCGCGCUCUUCCUGCGCCACCGCGUGUCCGCACUGCCCGUCGUCGACGCUGACCGCCGCGUGCUCGACGUCUACGCCAAGUUUGACGUCAUUAACCUAGCAGCCGAGAAGACGUACAGCAACCUGGACGUGACGAUCUUCGAGGCUCUGCAACAUCGUACGGGCAAACAAGACAAAGUUCACACCUGCCUCGCAACGGACUCCCUCAGGCAUGUGCUGGAAACCAUCGUCAGAGCCGAGGUGCACCGGCUAGUAAUCGUUGACACUGAGAAUCGCAUCGAGGGUAUCCUCUCUCUGUCAGACAUGUUCAACCACAUGGUCCUGAAACCAGUGGAGAAUGAUGUGAAGUCAGAUGAUUGCCUGCCCUACAUUGCUCAGGACAGAAGUGCUAGCUUCCAGAUGGAAAUUGACGAGAUUGGACACGAAAUCGAAGAGAUGCAAACCGUAUAGCCAACAAGUGCUGCCCUCUGUUGUAGUAUUCAUGCCGCUGGCCUUAACUAGAGAGACUAGUGCCAUGCAUACUUCAGUCGCGUAAUGUGCGGUACACUCGACUGGCCUGCAAAAUAGCAGCUCUGUGUCAAAUUGCCAACAGAAGUCACACUGCGCGUACGUGUAUGUAUGUAUGUAUUUAUGUAUGCGUAAAUCUAUAUUUAUGUAUAUAUAUACACACACAUGCAGACGCGUACAUACGUGGAGUACUGGAUUUCUAUCAUCACUGUCAUGUUCACUACAUGAACGAGGUUCGUGUUAGUACAGCUAAUUAAUUGUUAAGCGUGUAACAGGUUCGUUUUGGCGGGAAAAAGAUGUGAACGCCAAUCAUGUGAGGCAGAAACUGGCGUUAACAGUACGACAAUUCAGGCGUACCGCUGCCGACGCUGAUAUAGUUUUGAAAUUGGACACAUAUCAUCAACGCUUAAUCUUGAUCGACCUAGCCAGUGCACAUUAAAGGACGGGGGUGGGUUGGGUUUUAAGGCAAAGAGUGAGAGCACGAGAAUCGUGCGUCGGGGGGUGGGUGCGACGGGAAAGGGGUGAAAAGUGUUUCGUAAGGUCAUGGAGCGAGGCAAUGAGAGCUGCAUUGUGAUGUUGCAACCGAACCCGAUGAUCGCCCAACCUCCCCGGCGACGCUGCCGAUGUGGCAGCAGCGCCCCCUAUAUUCUUCCGAUUGUGUCCUGCACUGCGGAAGCGACUUUGUUGUGAGAUGUGAGCGAAUCGGUGCGACGGUGGGGGCAUUCUCUUGUUGGGUCUGGGUGGCUUCUCCAUCUCCCACCAGCGUUAACUACUGUGGAAGUAGUUCUUCCUCCAUCUUCCACUGGUAAACCUUGUAGACUCACGGGCCUACUUGGAAGGUGGGAGGUGCGGAUGGAAGGUGUAGGUCGCAAGACGGUCAUCAGGAGGCAUGAGAGACUGACGUGACCUGGCUGCCUUUUGUAGUAUGUGAAAUAUAUUGUAUAGCGUCGGGUUAAUGCUGGUUUGUAUUUAACAGCUGUGAGAUAUAUUGGUGUAUUUAUAGGUAUGUAGCGGUUGGAAAGGAAGAGAGACAGUGUGUGUGACUGCGAGAGAGAGAGAGAGAGAGA